AUGGGAACGAUCGGAUACGCUGCUCCAGAAUAUGCAGGGGGUGGUCAAGUUUCAACUGCCGCGGAUGUUUACAGCUUUGGUGUCAUCCUCCUCGAAUUAUUCCUUCGGAGAAGACCAACGGAUGAAAUGUUUAAAGAUGGAUUGACCAUUGUGAAGUUUACAGAACUCAGCUUCCCUGAUAGGAUAAUGGAGAUAGUCGACCCUCAGCUGAUACAAGAGUUGGAGCUUUGCCAAGAAACUCCAGCAACCAUGAAGGGAAAAGGUGUCCACUCUCUGAUGUCGAUGCUGAACAUUGGCCUUUGUUGCACCAAGCCGUCUCCAGGUGAGCGCAUCAACAUGCAGGAGGUGGCUGCCAAGCUACAUGGUAUUAGAGAUGCAUAUCUUAGAGGAAACUGA